AAUACACGUACACAUCUCUUCACGCGCCCUCCUUCCCUCUGGCGAACCCGGAUGUGUGGGGAUACUCAGGGCUGUGUCGCCGACGCCGUUGCACCAGGUGUGUGGAUUUCAGCGUGGUGACUGGUGCUCGUGAAGCCGUCAGGAUGAUGAGAGCGGGAGGACUUUUGAAACUGGCAGUGCUGGUUUCUGUCUUAUUUGUGGUUGUGUUCCUGGCAUUUGAGCUAUUAGAGAGCAAUAUGAAUUUGGGGAAAGUACUUGCACGAUAUGCACCUGCAGAGACCGUCCCCACCAGUCGUCCGCACAACAAAUGUGGCCUUUCUAAACCAUGUUCCGAGGGCCAAUUUGCUUUUAAGAUCACCAGUGGAGCAGCCAGCGUCGUCGGCCCGAAAAUGUGCUUUCAGGACAAUGUAUUAAUGAGUGGAGUGAAGAACAACAUUGGCCGGGGUAUAAACAUUGCUUUGAUCAAUGGCAAGACCGGUGAGCUCACCAAGGCUGAUUCCUUUGACAUGUGGUCUGGAGAUGUGAACCAGCUUAUCCAAUUCUUGAAGGAAAUAGAUGAUGGAAGCAUUGUUAUGAUGGCCACUUUUGAUGAUCCUGCAACAAAGCUAAACGAUGAGGCCAGAAAUCUGAUCGCAGAAUUGGGCAGCUCCAGCAUCAGCAUACUGGCAUUUAGAGAUAACUGGGUGUUUGUUGGAGGCAAAGGGAUCAAGACAAAGAGCCCCUUUGAGCAGCACAUCAAGAACAAUGCAGAGACUAACAAGUACGAUGGCUGGCCAGAGGUUUUGGAGAUGGAAGGAUGCAUUCCUAUGAAACAGGAGUCCACCUCUUAAUAUAUUUCAUAUUAGUUUUGCAUUUUCAUGAACAUCCUGGAAGAGUUUGAAAAGUUCAAAAUUGAACAUAUGCAAAGUUGCAUCGUUCAGUUAGCAUUGACAAUGAUGCAGGUGAGAGUAGAGUAUAGACUUUAAAUGUUUUGUUGACUUCCUGUAUUUUGAAUCUUGCCAUUAGUGCUCCUGAGCAUUUGCUGCUCUAUUUUUGUAUUUAUUUUACAGGGUUGCCACUACUUUUGACCAGUGAGUUUCCAUUACUUUUCUUCCAAUUGUCCAUGAAUAGAAUGCACUUACAAAGACCAAUAUCUAGUCAGGUCAAUAUUGUAAAGUUGAAAACUUUACUAAAUGUUGUGCAUUUUCCAGCCCUGGAAUUCAGUCUUAAAUUCGA